AUGACGGAAUAUAAACUGGUGGUCGUGGGUGCUGGCGGUGUCGGAAAAAGUGCCUUGACCAUUCAACUCAUUCAGAAUCAUUUCGUGGACGAAUACGAUCCCACGAUUGAAGACUCGUACCGGAAACAAGUCGUCAUCGACGGCGAGACGUGUUUGUUGGACAUUCUCGACACCGCGGGUCAAGAGGAGUACUCAGCAAUGCGAGACCAGUACAUGCGGACCGGUGAAGGCUUUCUCCUCGUUUUCGCUGUGAACAACGGGAAAUCCUUCGAAGAUAUUUCCAUGUACCGGGAGCAGAUCAAACGCGUCAAGGACGCCGACGACGUUCCGAUGGUCCUCGUCGGAAACAAAUGUGAUCUCUCCACUCGCUCCAUUGACAUGAAUCAGGCCAAGGAUGUGGCCAGGAGUUACGCGAUUCCGUUCAUCGAAACGUCGGCCAAGACACGAAUGGGAGUGGACGAUGCCUUUUACACGCUAGUGCGGGAAAUUCGGAAGCACAAGGAGCGACAAGGCAAAGACAAGAAAAACAGUGGAUCUCAGAAGCAGUGGCGUAAAAAGUGUACCGUCUGCUGA